AUGUUGUCGUUCAUUCUUCUCACCCUCUCCUGCUUCUUAGUUGCAUUCACAUCCGGUAUUUCGGGGCAAUCAUGCCCUAAUCCCGAGGAUAUAUCCCCUUGCACGUGUGAUUUCAGCGAGUUCGAUGGCACCAUCUCCGCGGACUGUUCCUCGGCGUCAACGAGUGAAAUCUUUUCGACCUUCAACGAAGUCGCCUGGUUCCCGGAGCUGAGACAAUUCAGUGUGCAGAUAAAUGAAAAGGUGACAGAGCUCCCAGAAGGAGUUCUUGGAGAUGUCUCCAUUCAGCACAUACUCUUAGAAAGCGUGUGGAACUUGAGCACCAUUCAUCCGGAAGUAGUGCUGCAAUCAAAAGACAGACUCCAGCAAAUUCAAGUUCACGAUGUCCCCGUGGAAGACUUUCCGUGGGAGGUGCUGUCGCAGUUGACAAGUCUAUUGUUCUUCGACUUCACGGGCUCCGGGAAUCCCAUCUCGGAGCUCCCUCCCGGAUUGUUUGAAGGCUUGGAGAACUUGGUAAUUUUCCUUUGCUCUGAAUGUGAUCUGGGACCGACUCUUCCUUCUGGGUCUUUGGAAUUCCAAAGCCAGAACUUCCAAUACGUGGGUCUUUCCAGCAACGGCAUCACGAUGGUUGAACCUGGCGCUAUCACAGGUCUCGCAGCAGACACAGUCCUCGACCUAGAAAACAAUUUGAUUUCCGAACUGGCAGAAGAAACAUUUCGACCUAUCCUAGAAGUCCUGUCACGUGGGACAGGAUUCAUCUUCAUAUAUGGAAAUCCCAUCCAGUGCGAUUGCAGUAUGGCAUGGCUAGUUCUCAAUCAAGAAUUCCUGGGGAGCAUAUUGGGUGGGGUAUGCGAGGAUGGAACAGCUUUUGAAAACCUUGAUCCGAGUACCUUUCUAGAAUGUGCAAUAAUGUGAAUCAUCACCAACGUUGCGCAUAAUUCACUUGAAAAGACC